AUGGCGGCAUCACAAGUUUUCUGUCUCCUUGCAUUCACUCUACCUCUACUCGCCGUUGUUUCCGGCCAUAACAUCACUCAAAUUCUGUCCGAAUCGCCUGAAUACUCCUCCUUCAACAGCUACCUUUCCCAAACAAAACUCUCCGACGAAAUCAACAGCCGCAAUACCAUAACCGUCCUUGUCCUCAACAAUGACACAAUGUCUUCCCUCGCCGGAAAACAUCCACUCUCUGUUAUCAAAACUGCUCUCAGCCUCCUCGUCCUCCUCGAUUACUACGAUCCCCUAAAGCUCCACAAGAUCUCUCAAGGCACCACUCUCACCACCACGCUUUACCAAACCACCGGUCGCGCCGCCGGAAACACAGGGUUUGUCAACGUCACCGAUCUCAAAGGAGGCAAGAUCGGCUUUGGCUCCGCCGCUCCUGGCUCCAAGCUCGACUCCAACUACACCAAAUCAGUUAAGCAAAUCCCUUACAACAUCUCCGUUCUUGAGAUCAACGCUCCGAUCAUCGCUCCUGGAAUCUUAACCGCACCAGCUCCCUCCAACAACAUGACCGCACUUCUCGAGAAAGCUGGUUGUAAAACCUUUGCGAGUAUGCUUGUCUCGAGCGGUGUGCUUAAAACCUACGAAUCCACCGUCGAAAAAGGCUUGACGGUUUUUGCACCGUCCGAUGAAGCUUUCAGAGAUGUACCAGAUCUGACAAAGCUCACACAAGCUGAGGUGGUCUCGCUCCUAGAGUAUCACGCCCUUGGUGAAUACAAACCUAAAGGCUCAUUAAAGAUUAACAAAAACGUAAUAUCCACGUUAGCCACUAACGGAGCCGGAAAAUACGAUUUAACGACGUCAACAUCCGGUGAUGACGUUUUUCUCCACACUGGGGUUGGUCCUUCGAGACUAGCUGACACGUUGGUCGAUGAGACACCCGUCGUUAUAUUCAAAGUGGAUAAAAUUCUCCUCCCCGCCGAGCUAUUCGGAAAAUCUCCAUCUCCGGCUCCGGCACUGGAACCUGUGAGCGCACCAACACCGAUUCCGGCUGAGCAUCCAUCUCCGGCUAAGUCUCCUCCUCCAGUGAUAGCACCUUUACCGGUAAAAUCUUCUCCGCCGGCACCUCCGACGGAAGUAGCUCCGUCAGACUCGCCAACAAGUUCAGAGAACAGCCAUGCAAAAAACGCCGCGUUUCAUGUGAACAGUCAUGCGUACUUCACCGCAUUGUUCACUCUUGCCGCUACAUCCCUAUUGCUAUAA